UCAUUCAAGGGGGAGGACAGGCUAUUCCGUCGGCUCUUCCGCAGGUAUAACCAGUUCAUCCGGCCUGUGGAGAACGUGUCCGACCCUGUCACUGUGGAGUUCGAGGUCUCCAUUUCUCAGCUGGUCAAAGUCGAUGAAGUGAAUCAGAUCAUGGAGACUAAUCUCUGGCUACGACAUAUUUGGAAUGACUACAAGUUGAAAUGGGCUCCAGAGGAAUAUGAUGGUAUUGAAUUUAUACGUGUGCCAUCAAAUAAAAUAUGGAGACCUGACAUUGUGUUGUACAACAAUGCUGUGGGAGAUUUCUUGGUAGAAGACAAAACCAAGGCGUUGUUGAAGUUUGAUGGUACAAUCACCUGGGUCCCUCCGGCUAUCUUUAAAAGCUCUUGCCCAAUGGACAUAACCUACUUCCCCUUCGACUACCAGAACUGCUCCAUGAAGUUCGGCUCCUGGACCUACGACAAGGCCAAGAUCGACCUCGUGCUCAUCGGGUCAAAGGUGAACCUUAAAGACUUCUGGGAGAGCGGCGAGUGGGAAAUUAUCGAUGCCCCCGGCUACAAGCAUGAUAUCAAAUACAACUGCUGCGAGGAGAUCUACCCCGACAUCACCUACUCCUUCUACAUCCGCCGCCUCCCUCUCUUCUACACCAUCAACCUGAUCAUCCCCUGCCUGCUCAUCUCCUUCCUGACUGUGCUGGUCUUCUACCUGCCCUCCGACUGUGGCGAGAAGGUCACCCUCUGCAUCUCGGUCCUUCUCUCCCUGACCGUGUUCCUUCUUGUCAUCACCGAGACCAUCCCCUCCACCUCGCUGGUAAUCCCGCUCAUCGGCGAGUACCUCCUCUUCACCAUGAUCUUUGUCACGCUCUCCAUCGUCAUCACCGUCUUCGUGCUCAACGUCCACUACCGCACGCCGACCACCCACACCAUGCCCUCCUGGGUGCGCUCUGUCUUUCUCUGCGUCUUGCCCAGAGUAAUGCUGAUGCGUCGGCCCAUCGACCAGCAGCAGUCGCCCAAGCGUUUGAGCGGGGGCAGGGCCGGGGCCGGGGACUGCGUGGGUGGGGGAUGUGGGGGACGGAGUUGCGGGGAGGGAGGCAAAAACUGGAAGAGCGCAGCCCGACAACAGGACGGAGUGAACUGCCUGGAGUACGGGGAGAACAAGAUGGCCGCCGACCUCAAGAAGUGCCCCUGCCAACAGGGCAAGGAGACCCCCGAGCUCCCGGCCUCCAGCAAGCUUAGCCGGCAGUUGACGUCGCAGCCCAUAAACACGGUGGUGGCGUUCUCCGUGGUGUCGCCUGAGAUCAAGCAGGCCAUCGAGAGUGUCAAGUACAUCGCCGAAAACAUGCGGAGCCGCAACAAAGCCAAAGAGGUGGAGGAUGACUGGAAGUAUGUGGCCAUGGUCAUUGACAGGAUCUUCCUCUGGGUAUUCGUGCUGGUCUGUGUGCUCGGGACACUUGGCCUGUUCCUCCAGCCACUCAUUGGCUUCUUCACAUAGUGGGCCCUCCCACUUCUACACCCCCCAGCAUUUGAUGCCCCACCCCGCUCUCUGGAGAAAUAAAACAAAACAAAAAUACAGUGGCACAAGCGGACAAUAAUUUCCUACUCCUAAAUAUUUUAUAUGUUAUACUAUAUACUUGUAUUACUAAAUGUAUAUUAUUGAUGUAUCCUCCAAAUGUUGAUUCCAGCAAAAUUAAGAAAGGUUAAAACAAGUGGUGAUAAUUUUGGA